AUAGUUCGCGCGCAGUAGCCCGGCACUCAUUGCGUAGCUCACCCAUGCGGUGUCAUCAACAUUCGCCGUGCUGUUGUGGUUGCCGCUCGGUAAUGUUCUGGUGCGCGUCCCGUGCCUCGACAGUGUUUUCGCGUCUGUGUGUGAACCGUGGCGUAGUAGUGUACUGCCAGCGUGGGAACGUACCGCUACGUGGCCAGUUUCGUCGGUCCCAUUCCGCGAUGGCCUCCCCCCCCCCGAUUGUGGUCAUUCUCGGCUCGACCGGUACCGGCAAAACGAAGCUGUCACUCGAGCUGGCAGCCCGGUACGGCGGCGAGGUGAUCAGUGCCGAUUCCAUGCAGGUUUACACCGGACUCGACAUCGUAACGGCCAAGGCGACGAAGGAGGAGCAGCGGCAGGCGGUGCACCACCUGCUGGAUGUGGCUAGGCCCGAUCAGGCCUUCACCGUGACCCAUUUCCGCGAGCGCGCCCUGCCGAUCAUCGAAUCGCUGCUGGCGGCCAACCGCAUGCCGAUCAUCGUGGGCGGCACCAACUAUUACAUCGAGAGCAUCCUCUGGCGGGUGCUGCUGAGCGAGGGCGUCAAGCGGGAACGGUUGCGAUCGCGUUGCGCCACCGAAAGCGAACCGGAGGCAAAGCAACCGAAAGUGGACGGUGGAGUGGCUGCUGCUGCUGCUGCUUCUGCUGGAACUACCACUGACCUGGAGCGGCUUCUGGAGGCGCUACCGGGCCUGGGAACGAGUGAAUCGCUCGAAGCGCACGAGUCGGAGUUGCUGCACCAGGCCCUGCAGCGGGUCGACCCGGAGUCAGCCGAGCGGCUGCAUCCCAACAACAAGCGGAAGAUUAUACGUGAGAAAGGCAUGCAGUUCCAGCUGAAUUGUGUACAGCAAGCAACUAGAGCAACAAUGAACUCGUUUGCACUUUCGGUCUUCGUGCUGGCGGUAGGCGCCGUCUCGGUGUCGGCCAGUCUGCAGCACUACGUCGUGGAGAAGAGCUUCAACCAGGCACAGGCUGAGUGCGCCGAGUACCAAGGCGUUCACGAUGACGAUCUGCUGCGCUACGUCAAGGAAGGCUACCCCGAUGUGGAGGAGGUUCGCUGUCUGCUGCGUUGCGUUGCCUUCAACCUGCGCUUCUGGAACCACACCACCGGUCUGCAGAAGAACAUGGUUGCCGGACAUUUCGUGCCGUACCCGGAUGACUUCCACAACGUCGAGCGCACGGAAGCGUGUCUGGCGGAGAACCUGUACACCUGCGACGAUGACCUCUGCACCCAGGUGUACAAGGCGUUCCAAUGCUACUACCAGUACUACGGUGCCUUGAGCGAGUGCCCGCAGUUCGUGGUCAACUCCUACCUUGAGGAUCUGCAGGUCGCCUACGAUCUGUUCGGUAUGCUGGCUGUCUCGCAGUCCACCCUGCAGAGCCUUGCUGGAGGAUGCUUCCCGAGCGGCGAGGAGUCGCUGUGCUUCUUCUACUCGUUCGUGACCCGCAGUGGACUGUACAGCGUGGAGGAUGGCGCGAAGCUGGAGCGUCUCUACUACCAGUACAAGGAGGAGGUGUUCAACCCGAACAACGCCCAGACCGUCGCCUGUCUGCAGAACCAGAAGAAGCUGGCUUGCAAGAAGAGCACCUGCCAACAGGCCUACGAUACGUUCCAGAACUGCUUCGGCGAGUCGCGUGGUCUGGAGUACCUGCUCCACACCGUGUUCGUCGACGCUGCCAAGGCUUUCCUCGGCCAGCCCGUCUGCUACUGCAACAAGGUUAAGACGUGCCCGCUCCACAAGUGCUACGGACGUUAAGGAGCAUCAAUCAUGGGACUGAUCCUGAGCAAUCCAAUUCC